AUGCGUCUUGGUGCUCUGAUAAUUGCGGCAGCAGCUGGUAUUGUCUAUGCAAAUGAUCCGGCCCCGGUGUCAUUCGAUGCCGGAGAAUGGCUUGGAAUUGACGGGAACUGGUCGACUAUCAAAGUUUUGCUGGGGUCAAAUUCAGAUCUUGUCAAUGUUCUCUUGAGCACAUCGCUUUCCGAAUUUUGGGCGAUUGGACCUGGAGGGUGUUUAAAAACUACAUCGCCGUCUCAGCAUGAUCGAGGUCCGCCGCUUGCAAGAGGUCUCGGGGGGCCCGACCGCCAACAUCUCUCUCCUUCAUCUAGCCAAGGAGCUGAAUUGGAUAUCAUAGAGGAACCACAUUGUGCUACUUCUCGCGGUGGCAUUUAUACGCCCUUUGAAUCUAAACAUUGGUCCUACAUGGGAAUUUGGCAACUCGGAUUGGAUUAUCUGGGAUACGGUGGCAACGGGCAAUAUGGGCUCGACACAGUCAACGCAUACAGCACCAUUACCGAUAUCGGUUUUGGAAUGUCCAAUGUCCUUAUGUCUGCCAUCAACACAACAGACUAUUACAUAGGUCUUUUCGGGCUAGGAAUUACUCAGGGCAGCUUUGGCCAUGAGAUAGCUCAGUCACCUUUGACGCAAGCCGUCCGCACCUUUGGAUGGAUCCCCAGCUACAGCUACGGCUAUACUGCCGGUGCUUCUUAUCGAAAUAUUCCAGUUUCCAUUACUUUGGGUGGCUCUGACACAGCUAGAUACGUCCCGCACGACAUUGACUUCACAUUAACUCCGCAGGAUAAUAUGCCUCGCGCCUUAGUUCGAGGUAUAGAAGCCUCUACGAAUAGCGGUACCGAAAAACCAAAAAAAUGGUAUUCCCAAACUUCCAGCCUCUCAGGCUGGGACAAUUCUUUCACUGCCUUGAUUGAUAGUACUACUCCGUAUCUGUGGCUACCGAAUGCUGUGUGUGAUCAGUUUGCAGAUGCUUUCAACUUGACCUACAACAGCACCUUUGAUUUGUAUACUCUGACGAAUGAGCAAUACAAUGCCUACGGCUCAUCCGACUCAUUUACAUUUACGUUUAGCCUCUCGAGCUUUGACAACCAUGAUAACUUUGGGUCUCCGUUGAAUGUGCCCGGAUUGGUCAAUAUCACCGUGCCAAUGCAAGCGUUCGUUGGCUUACUACAAUAUCCAUUUAAGCACCGGGCUAUCAAAUAUGGAGACCCGGCUGUCCCAUACUUUGCAUUGCGGAGGUCUCAAAAUGAUUCUUCAAUCAUCAUUGGCCGCUCAUUCCUGCAGGAGGCAUACCUGAUCACCAAAUACGACGAGGCCGUAUUUUCAGUAUACCAGGCCAAAUUUCCUCAGCGGCCCGUAACAGAUGCGAAUUUGAUACCGAUUAAGCAGCCAAAUAACAGUCCUUACCCAGGGCCACCGACUCAAACCAGUGCCAAGCUAAACACAGCGCAAUUGGUAGGUAUCGCUGUUGGAGCCAUCUUGCUGUGCCUACUCUGUCUUGUGAGCGUGUGCUACAUGUGCCGCCGAAGGAAGUCGGAGACGAAAGGCGACGAAACAAGCACCAAGGAAGCGAAAGACAGCGCGUCUACUAUGGUUCCGGAUACACCUAGGAUACCUAAACCCGCCAUAUUUUGCAGGUUUUCAAGACGAAAAAGGUCAAGAAGUGAAAAGGCCGACAUAAGCCCUACCGUUGCCACAUCGAACUUCAUGGAGGCGCCAGAUUCAGAAAUUUACGAACUCCCUGCUCCAGUGGCUCCCGUGGAACUCGAUGCCAGCGAUGGAGAUGACGACGAUAUCUCAAUAAUCGGCAUUACGACUCUAGGCGCCGAAACUACACAGAGCCUCAGCGCAUAUGAAGUAGCACGGAGGAAGCUUGAUAGACAGCUUCAAGGACCUCUCCCAGAAUAUUUCCCACCAUCGCUGAAAAUCGUACUGCCUCAAGAGAAAUCAUUUUCAUAUAUUGCUAGUCCAACUCAAACAACCUCGAGCAAAGAGAUAACCCCAGUCUCUCCAAUUAGAUCGGGAAUAGGGACCGCAUCGCUCCCAGGAUCGCUCCCUUCGCCCAUCUCCUCUGGAUCAGGAUACAAUAGCCACAUGGGUAGCAUACCCUAUCCAACUACCGUAUCUGCCGCAGGCCAAUCUUCUGAAGAAAAAUAUAACGACGAUAUUAUGCAAUCAGAGACCAGUCAACCAAACACGCGAUUUUCAAAUAAUCUAGUCGCAUUGCACUCUAACGACGCUUUAUCAUCUAUGGCCUGUCAGAAAACUCCAAUUGACCCAACAAACAUCAUGUGCCUAGGCAAUCUUCCAGAAAACCUCCAGUCGCUUAGACACAGUAUCAUGUUGGCGCAUAUUGUCAGCCAGGAAAAUCGAGACAGUGACAGCGACUUUACACCUCGAUUUAACGCUGACUGCCACCUUUCUAAUCAUAGCCUGGGAAGUAACUAUACAGAGGAGGAAGAUCGGAUGAUGCAGGAAAUGACACGUCAAGCCACCUUCUCCAUGGCCCGAUCGCAGAGAGACCCCUGCUCAACCGAACAUACUCUGGAGAGAAGUGAAGAGCAAUGUUUGAGCCAUGAAAUAACGAGUCCUCAAUUUUCGCCAGCAGAGGAACGUAUAGAUGGAAAUGAUAUCGUUCAUGUUCCCCAGAUGGCAGAAAAACGAUACAGCUGGGAAGACUAA